GGACGGUAUAUUUUAUCGGCCCCCAAAAUUCUCGCGCGCUCACCUUCGCUCCUCGCUCCACGCUCUCCUUUAUUGACCACACUUCACACGUUUUCUUCGCAAUUUGUGUAUUCGUUCUGGACGUGUUGCUGCCGCAGCAUUUGUUGAUGUUUUAAUUUGUAUUGUUAACCAUGGACGAUCCAAUCUUUAAGCAAAAAUAUGAAAAGUACAAGCUGCGCGUCAAGUUAUGGGAGAGGGACUUUAAGAAGAAGCAUGGCCGUGUGCCCUCCAAGUACGACAUACGCGAGGCCGGCCAGGACAUCCGCGACUCCUACAAGAUGUAUUACAAGCUCAAGACUUCAUUUCUGGAGGAGACCCUCAACGACGUGCUCAGCGAGGAUGGGUUCGACGUACUGGAAAUGUCGCAGGCAAGUGAGCUGGGUGUCACCCUGCUGGACAGCGAUAUCAGCAUGCAGAACGCACCCCAACUACCGAUGGAUAUAUCAUCGAUUGUGAGUCAGCAAGCGCAGAGUGGAGGAUUCUCCAAUCUUGAGGAGUUGCAAAAUCCACAGGCCCUAACCAAUCUCGUAAAUCGUGAUGAAAAUCAUGUCAUAAGGAAAUUCGAAGCCGUGGAAGAGCUGCAGCUCAAUCAAAAUGCCUGGGGCACAGAUGUAAGCAAGAAGCAGCAGCCAGAGCCAUUGGGCUCUUCAAUACCACACGGUUCUGCUCAGCCAAAACAGCAGGCGGCCAGCUUAAAGCCCAGCCUUAGCGCCAAACUAUUUCAAUCCACACGCGGCUUUGCCAAGCGCAAUCCCCGCAAGCCACUCUCACGCUGUUCCUCCAAUGUGGGCGCCUCUGUCUCAUCUGGUAGUCGGCCAGGGCACGACGACCUCGCCGAAGAGCUGCCCGACUUUGAGACGAUUCUCAUACGCAAGGCGCAGGAAUACAAAGAGAAAGAGUUGGCCAUGAUUGUCAAUCCACAUCUAGCCACGGAUCAGCCCAAAGAUGCCAUCAAGACACAGGUGGACGAAGGCUGGCUGCAGAGGAACACUAAGGAAAACACUCUUGACGCUGAUAUGCACAGCCCAGAGCUAGAGCCCAAUAACAAUGCCGAUCAUUUGCCCACGAAAGUCAACUACGGCCUGGCGAACAUCGAUCUGAGCAUGCUAAGGCAAAGCAGGAGUUUGGAAGAGCACCAGCAGCAGCCUGAAGUGAAGGCAGAGCCAAAGCAAGUGGCAGACACUGACGUGGUGGCGUUACCAUCUGUUGAGCAGGAAGCGGACAGCGAUUCCGACUCUGUUGUGGCCGAAAGUGACGAAGAGCCAGAACAGCAGGAGUAUCGACAAUUAGCCAAGCGACGAAAGGUUGUUCCUGAGGUAGAGCCAGAGGUACACGAAGCAGAAGCAGAAGCAAGCUCGGAACCGAUGGAAAUGUCCUUACCGGACCCCGGAGAAGAGACCAUGCUCAAUGACUUCUCUGCGGAUGAUGAAGAACAAGAUGCCACCUACGAGCCGGAUGGAGUAAAGAAAGGCAACGCAAAGCGUAAGCAAGCAGCUGGCAAAAGACAAACUACCCAGAAGCCCAAAGCAGAAAAGAAGCCAAAGGCAGAAAAGCAGCUAAAAGCAGAGAAGAAGCCAAAAGCAGAGAAGAAGCCGAAGGCAGAGAAAAAGCCAAUGGCUGAGAAGAAGACCAAAUCAAAGAAAGCUCCUCCACCUGCAGAGUCAGUGCCCGAACAAGAGGAAGAAGAACAGAGCCAGCCCCUGAAUCCAGAAGAUCUCAAAUAUAUGCUUGCUCUGGAGGCGGGCGAUGUAACCUCCGUGCCACGCAUCAAUCCCCGGGAACUGGAACUGGUAGACAAAACAGCCCAGCGCUAUAUAAGUACCUUUGCCACGCCUACAAUGGCCGGAGGAGGAGGCAACUUCCCAGUGAAUGAGAAGCGAGCUGCAGCCAGAAAGAAGCUAGAGGAGCGUGUGGCCUCGGGCAAACUGAACGAGAACUUUGUAACCAUCAACAUACAGAAAAAGAAAUUUGUGAGAGGUAAAAAAUCGGUGAAUUUUACCAAAUACAAGAAGCAGCAAUGGAGGCACAAGAAGCACAUAGCAGCAUUGACUGGCCCGGACAUGGACAUGGGUGGCUGUGAUGGUGGAGUGCUCACCUGCUUCCAGUGCGGUGGCGUCGGACACUUUGCCCAGCAGUGCAAGAUGAAGGGCGACAGUCUGCUACCGCUUUCCGCUCAGUUGGAAGAGGAUCCCUCGCCGUUUCCCACGCUGGCCGAGGCCCAGGAAAUGGCCUCGCAGGGCGCCCUGGUGGCCCACAGUCGCAACAUUGAGCGACUGCCCCACGCGGCCAAUGCGGCCAUUCUACAAAUAGACGAGGUGGAGGAUUCGGAUGAGAGUGACGAGAGCCACAGCGAUGGGGAGAGGCAGCCUCGACCAGAGCCAGACUGGUCUAGCGAUGAUCCGGAUAUUGAUUUUGAGGCCUUAGAUGCUGCUGUGGAAGCUUCGCAGGCUGAGGCUCCGAUCUCACCCAUUAAGACCUACGUGGGGCACAAGAUACCCGAAGAGUUCCUCAAACAGGCUGGCCUGGAUGGCGCCUCCACUUCGACGACUGGGGGCUCCAGUCGCAGCCAGCAUGGCGGAGUGCAGCCAUUGUACGAUCUUUUGCCCGACGGCAGUGUUCAGGCUGCAACACCAGAGGUACUGGAAGCCCUACACAUGUUUGGCCACAGCAACUUUCGUAAAGGUCAGGAUCGUGCCGUUAUGCGCACACUCUCUGGACUCUCCUCUUUGGUCACCCUAAGCACUGGCAGUGGCAAGUCGUUGUGCUACCAAUUGCCCGCGUAUCUGUACAAUCGGCAGAGGGGUGCCAUCACGCUGGUCAUCUCGCCGCUGGUGUCGCUGAUGGAGGAUCAGGUGACGGGGGUGCCGCAGUUUCUUCGCGCCCACUGCCUGCACACCAACCAGACGCCCCAGCAGCGCAUCAAGGUGCAGGAGAUGAUUGCCAACGGAGAGAUUGACAUUCUCCUGGUGUCGCCCGAGGCCGUUGUGUCGGGGGAGCGUGCCACAGGGUUUGGGGCCAUUCUGCGUAAGCUGCCGCCCAUUGCCUUUGCGUGCAUCGACGAGGCACAUUGCGUGUCCCAGUGGAGCCAUAAUUUUCGACCCAGCUACCUGAUGAUCUGCAAGGUCUUGAAGAAGAAUCUUGGCGUGCAGACAGUGUUGGGUCUCACAGCGACGGCCACGCUGCCCACGAGGGUGAGCAUCAUCAAUCACUUGGGCAUCACGGAUGGGGAGCGGGGCAUCAUUAGUGACACUCCCUUGCCAGAUAAUCUGGUCCUGUCCGUGUCCAAGGAUGAAAAUCGCGAUGCAGCACUGCUGCAACUGCUCAACAGUGAGAGAUUCGAGUCCUGCCAGUCGAUCAUCAUCUACUGCACGCGUCGUGAUGAGUGUGAGCGGAUUGCCGGUUUCAUACGCACCUGUGUGCAGGAUCGCAGGAAACCAGGUGGAGCCCAGGAACAGGGGAAGAAGCGCAAGCGUGUGAACUGGCAGGCCGAGCCGUACCAUGCGGGAAUGCCCGCCUCGCGGCGCCGCACCAUCCAGAAGGCCUUUAUGGGGAAUGAGCUGCGCAUUGUGGUGGCCACCAUUGCCUUUGGCAUGGGCAUCAAUAAGCCGGACAUUCGGGCUGUUAUCCACUACAAUAUGCCGCGCAAUUUCGAGAGCUAUGUGCAGGAGAUCGGACGCGCUGGUCGCGAUGGCUUGCAUGCCCACUGCCAUCUCUUUCUGGACGCGAGGGGCGGCGACCAGGGCGAGCUGCGGCGUCAUGUAUACGCCAAUUCCAUUGAUCGCCAUGUGAUAAGGAAGCUGCUGCAAAAGAUCUUUGUACCCUGCAGCUGUGAGAAGCAACUGCCGAAAGGAACAGAACCGCAAGCCACAGCUAUAGAAGCAGACGGAACCCGGUACCACAUCUGUCCUGGGCAUGAGAUUGGCUUCUCUGUGGAGAAGACCGUUGAAGCUCUGGACAUUCCCGCCGAGAAUAUAUCAACGCUGCUCUGCUACAUGGAACUCGAGCCGCGUUGGUGCAUAAAUGUCCUCAGCUCAGCGUAUAUCAUGGCCAAGGUGAUCUCCUACGGCGGCCCAAAGUAUCUAAAGCAUGCUGCCAAAGAGUGUCCGCCACUGGCCAUGGCCAUUGCCCUGCAGAUUAAGGGCAAGACCUUCAAGGAUGACUCGAAUAUCAUCGAGUUUUCGGUGACGGAUAUUGCCGCCGGCAUUGGGUGGAACAGCGGUGUGGUCAAGUACCAGCUGAAGGACCUGGAAUGGAUAAAAGUUGGUGGAUAUCCAAAGCGUUCGCCCAUCACUGUCAGUUUCUAUGAUUUGGGCUUCCGAAUUAAGGUGCCCGGUGACUUCACCGAAACGGAGAUUGAUAAUGCCCUGGAUACGCUCUACACGCGCUCCGUCAAGCAGGAAAAGACACAGCUGAUUCAGCUGCAGUACGUAGCCCAUGGCCUGGCUGCCGUGGCCUACAGUUCGUGUCACCACUGCUGUAGUGCGGACUUUCCCCAGGACCGAUGCACACAACUGAAGGCCAUUGUGAGGAAUUACUUCCUCAACGACUAUCCGCAGGAUCUUGAACUGGAAAUCGAGCCCAGCAAUGUGCCGGAUGAAAGCAUCGUUGAUGAUGUUCAUUCCCUGAUCAACAUGUACCCCGACAACACAUUCACUGGACGAAACAUUGCCCGCAUAUUCCAUGGCAUCACGAGUCCAAAUUACCCGGCCGUCAUGUGGGGACGUUGCAAGUUCUGGCGCGCCCACAUGAAAGUCGACUUCAAUCGUAUUCUCCAGUUGGCCAAUCAAGAGAUUAUCAAACGGCGGACUUGAGUCAAAAUUUGCAUUGUCGGCGCCGAAGCAGACCUUUGUUCCUUUUAAGAAUAGUUUGAUAUGGUUGAUCCUCUUUCUGUGUAGCUAAGCGGAAUUUUUAAGUCUGUUCAAAUAAACUAAAAUAUGUAGAAAUA